ACAGUACAUUGUGGCAGUCAAUCCUGUAAACAUGAAACUGAUCUUCCUCGUCUGCCUCGCCGCCGUGGCCGCCGCCGCGCCUCGCCCCCAGGACCAGCCCCCCGUCGCCAUCCUGCGUGACGACCGCCACGACGACGGCGACGGCAACUUCAAUUACGCCUUCGAGUCCGAGGACGGCAUCAGCGUGUCUGCCGCGGGGGAGCCGGGCGCGGCGGGCCAGAGCAACAUCCAGGGCUCGUUCAGGUUCACCCUCCCCGACGGCACCAUCGCCGAGGUCUCCUACACCGCCGACGAGGAUGGCUUCAGGCCUGAGUCCGACCUCCUCCCCAUCGCCCACCCCCUCCCCGCCCACGCCCUCGAGCAGAUCCGAUUCGCCGAGGAGCAGCGCGCCGCCGGGGAGGUCUUCGAAAAGUAGGGCUGAGUUUGCUGACUGUGAUGCUGCAGAAAGACUGAGGAAGAUCAGUGUGCUGUGAAGAACACUUUAUCUUCUACUCUCUAUAUCGAUUUUUUGUUAUUCACGAGAUGUAAUGGUUAGCAUGAAUAAAAUUACACGUUGCUUCUAA